UGACUGGUCAAUUGUUAUUUUGGUUAUUUUCCCAAUAAAAUAAUGUAUUAAUAAAAUAGAUUUGGUAUGGUGGUAUUACAUGAAGAAGUGAUGUGUCCAAAUGUCAAUAUAAGUUACAACUUACAAUAAUAAGCGGAGGUGCAGCUACAGGUGCAGGUGGCGGAACAUGGAGGAGAAAGGGUCUGCAAAUGGGUCACCGGCGGUGACGAAAUCGUCGGCUAAGAAAUCAAGGGUCCCACCUCAGAGUUCGGUUGACACAUUUGCUGUGCAAUGUAACGAGUGUUUCAAAUGGAGGACGGUAGCAACUGAAGAAGAAUUCGAAGAGUACAGAAGCAAGCAAAGUGAAGAUCCAUUUGUUUGCAAGAAACGUGAAGGAAUUGAAUGUGAUACUCCUGCUGAUAUCGAGUAUGAUUCUUCUAGAACAUGGGUGAUGGAUAAGCCCAACAUCCCAAAAACCCCAAAAGGUUUUCAGAGAGUAAUUGUCCUCAGAAAAGAUUACUCUAAAAUGGAUGUGCAGUAUAUCACACCAGAUGGCACAAGGAUAAGAGCUACGCCAGGGAUCAUAACCUAUCUUAAAGAACACCCAGAAUACAGUAGUCACGUGUCCCCAUCUGAUUUCUGCUUCGCAUCUCCUAAGGUAAUGAGUGACACCGUUCCAGAUCACGUCGAGAAAAAAAGCCCCGUCAAGAAACAGAAAAAAUCAACUUAGAUAGAAAGGAGGAGCCUGAGUUGAUUUACGUCAGUGUCAGUGUGUGUUUUCCUUUCGUAUCGUAUCGUAGGUUUGACUUUUUAUGGCACAGCCAAACUGUCUGUUGUAAAGUGGGGCCGUGGCCGUAGGUAGGAACCGCUCUAGUAUGCAUUCUGCUGACCCUGCAACUUUAUUAGUAUAAUUUUAUUCCAAAACUGGACCUGAUGAUGAUAAGUGGGAAAUAUUUCAUCGUCCUUCCAAGUUCUAAUACAUUGUCUGGGUUUGAUUUAAAAUUUAAUAAAAAUGAUGAAUAUCAUUCUCCAAGCUA